AUGGCUCUUCUCGGAGCUGCGGCCUCUUGGGCGGCUCAUCCCCCGCUAUCCCACACUACCUUAACUCCCAGCGGCCGCCAAGGAUGCGGGUGGGGGCGGGCCGCACUUGGGAUGCUGCGGAAGAAGUACGCGCGCGGCAGACCUCCUGCGAGCGGGUUGUCUGCAGCGGGGCGGAGGGUAAAGGACUGGCCCCCGCGGGGGACGGAGGGCUCCACGGUGUCCCCUGGGACUGAUGACGACGAUUGCACGUCCUCAGCGAAACUCAGAAGCAUGGCUUGGAAAGUCACUCCUUCAGCGGAUGGGACAGUUGAUAGUGGCCAGGGAUCUUCCGUCUUUACAGAAUCUCGAGUGAGCAGCCAACAGACAGUUUCAUAUGGUUCCCAACAUGAACAGGCACAUUCUACCGGCACAGUUCCAGGGCAUACAGCUUCUGCUGUCCAAGCACAAUCUCAGUCCCAUGGGGUAUAUCCACCCUCAAGCAUGCCUCAGUCCAUGGUGCAUCCGUGUGGGGGGACCCCAACAUACCCAGAAUCACAGAUAUUUUUCCCAACUAUUCAUGAACGUCCAGUUUCUUUUUCACCACCUCCUACCUGUCCACCGAAAGUAGCCAUUUCCCAACGGCGUAAGAGCACCUCCUUCCUGGAAGCCCAAACUCGCCACUUCCAACCCCUGCUGAGGACUGUUGGCCAUAAUCUUCUUCCACUUGGUGGCAGCCCAACCAACUGGACACCAGAGGCCGUAGUUAUGCUGGGUACUGCAGCCAGUAGAGUAACUGGAGAGCUGUGUGAGAUACAGGUCCAUCCUGUGUUUGAGCCAUCUCAAGUUCACAGUGACUAUAGACCUGGACUAGUACUUCCAGAAGAAGCUCACUAUUUUGUUCCUCAGGAAGCAGUGUAUCUAGCUGGGGCACAUUACCAGGCCCAGGUGGCAGAACAGUAUGAGGGCAUUUCAUACAACUCACCAGUCCCCUCAAGUCCUAUGAAACAGAUUCCUGAACAGAAGCCAGUGCAAGGGGGCCCUACAUCAAGUUCUGUCUUUGAAUUUCCAUCUGGACAGGCUUUCCUGGUAGGACACCUUCAGAAUUUAAGGUUAGAUUCUGGAUUGAGUCCAGCAUCUCCCCUCUCUAGUAUUUCUGCACCUAACAGUACAGAUGCUACAUGUUUGAAAUUUCACCCUGUCUUUGUUCCUCAUUCUGCACCAGCUGUGUUAACUCAUAGCAAGGAGAGCAGAAGCAACUGUGUAUUUGAAUUUCAUACUCAAACUUCAAGCUCCUCUUCAGGAGAAGGAGGUGGAAUUUUACCUCAACGUGUUUACCGAAAUCGACAGGUUGCAGUGGACUCAAAUCAGGAAGAACCACCUCCUCAGUCAGCUGGAUUACAUGGUCACCUGCAGCCUGUGACUGAAGAACAGCGUAAUUACCAUGCCCCAGAGUUGACCGUUUCUGUGGUAGAGUCUAUCGGACAGAACUGGCCAAUAGGAAGCCCAGAGUAUUCCAGUGAUUCUUCACAAAUCACUUCUUCAGAUCCCAGUGAUUUUCUGUCACCUCCCCCUACAGGGGGAACAGCUGCACCUUUUGGUUCUGACGUCUCAUUACCCUUUAUCCGUCUGCCUCAGACAGUAUUACAAGAAUCCCCACUUUUCUUCUGUUUCCCCCAAGGAACCACAUCUCAGCAGGUCUUACAUGCCUCAUUUUCUUCAGGAGGAUCUACACCCCACCCACAGGCACAGGGGCAGAGCCAGGGCCAGCCACCAUCAAGUAGCUUAUCAGGAGUUCCACCUUCCCAGCCUAUCCAACAUCCUCUGCAGCAACAGGGAAUUCAGCAGUCAACUCCUCCUCAACAGGCAGUGCAGUAUUCACUUCCACAUACAGCAUCCUCAAGUGAGACCACUACUGCACAGCCAGUGAGUCAGCCUCAAGCUUCGCAGGUCUUGCCUCAAGUGUCAGCUGGAAAACAGCUUCCAGUUUCCCAGCCAGUACCAACUAUCCAAGGCGAACCUCAGAUCCCAGUUGCGACACAACCCUCAGUUCCAGUCCACUCUGGUGCUCAUUUCCUCCCUAUGGGACAGCCACUCCCCACUUCCUUACUCCCACAGUACCCUGUCUCUCAAAUUCCCAUAUCAGCUCCUCAUGUGUCAACGGCUCAGACAGGUUUCUCAUCCCUUCCCAUCACAAUGGCAGCUGGCAUUAAUCAGCCUCUGCUUACCUUAGCUUCAUCUGCUACAGCAGCUUCUAUUCCAGGGGGAUCAACUGUGGUUCCUAGUCAGCUUCCAACUCUUCUGCAGCCUGUGACUCAGCUGCCAAGUCAGGUUCACCCACAGCUCCUACAAUCAGCAGUUCAGUCCAUGGGAAUACCAGCUAACCUUGGACAAGCUGCUGAGGUUCCACUUCCCUCUGGAGAUGUUCUAUACCAGGGCUUCCCACCUCGACUGCCACCACAAUACCCAGGAGAUUCAAAUAUUGCUCCCUCUUCCACCGUGGCUUCUGUUUGCAUCCAUUCUACAGUCCUAGCCCCUCCCAUGCCGACAGAAGCAUUGGCUACACCAGGUUACUUUCCUUCAGUGGUGCAGCCUUAUGUGGAAUCAAAUCUUUUGGUUCCUGUGGGCGGUGUAGGAGGACAGGUUCAAGUGUCCCAACCAGCAGUGAGUUUAGUGCAACAACCCCCCACUACAUCCUCCCAGCAAGCAGUUCUGGAGAGUACUCAGGGAGUCUCUCAGGUUGCUCCUCCAGAGCCAGUUCCAGUAGCACAGCCACAACCUACCCAACCUGUCACUUUGGUUUCCUCUAUAGACAGUGCACAUUCAGAUGUUGCUUCAGGUAUGAGUGAUGGCAAUGAGAAUGCCCCUUCAUCCAGUGGGAGGCAUGAAGGGCGAACUACAAAACGUCAUUAUCGAAAAUCUGUAAGAAGUCGUUCUCGUCAUGAAAAGACUUCACGCCCAAAACUGAGAAUUUUGAAUGUUUCAAAUAAAGGAGACCGGGUAGUAGAAUGUCAAUUAGAGACUCAUAAUCGGAAAAUGGUUACAUUCAAAUUUGACCUAGAUGGUGACAACCCCGAGGAGAUAGCAACAAUUAUGGUGAACAAUGACUUUAUUCUAGCAAUUGAGAGAGAGUCAUUUGUGGCUCAGGUCCGGGAAAUUAUUGAAAAAGCUGAUGAAAUGCUCAGUGAGGAUGUCAAUGUGGAACCAGAGGGUGACCAGGGUUUGGAGAGUCUACAGGGAAAGGAUGACUAUGGCUAUUCAGGUUCUCAAAGAUUGGAAGGAGAGUUCAAACAACCAAUUCCUGCGUCUUCCAUGCCACAGCAAAUAGGUGUUCCUACCAGUUCUUUGACUCAAGUUGUUCAUUCUGCUGGAAGACGAUUUAUAGUAAGUCCUGUGCCAGAAAGCCGAUUACGAGAAUCGAAAGUUUUCACCAGUGAAAUUCCAGAUACGGUUGCUGCUUCUACAUCUCAGGGCCCUGGAAUUAACUUGUCUCAUUCUGCUUCAUCCCUUAGUCUCCAGCAGGCCUUUUCUGAACUUAGACAUGCCCACAGAACUGAAGGACCCAGUACGGCACCUCCAAACUUCAGUCACACAGGACCAACAUUUCCCCCUUUCUUGGGUAGCAUUGUUGGAGGCCCAACCACAGCAGCGGCUACACCUUCAGUCUCAGUCCCUGUAACAAGUAGCCCUCUUAAUGAAAUUUCUGCAUCAGUAAUUCAGUCUGAGGUUACAGUGCCCACAGAAAAAAAAGGGAUUGCCAGAGUUGCCACCAGCACAGGUGUGGUAACUUCAAGUGGUGUCCCUAUACCACCUGUGUCGGAGUCGCCAAUACUUUCCAGUGUGGUUUCAACCACUACAAUACCUGCAGUUCUCUCAAUGUCUACAACAUCCCAGCCAGCUCAGGCCCCCACCUCUGGGAGCAUUGUUCCUAGUACAGGCACUUUUUCUUCUAUAACAGUUUCAACAACUUUAACCACUGCAGUAGGCAGUGUGGCUGCCCCAGCUCCUAAGCCUCCAGCUGUAUUAUUGCAGCAGACAGCAGGCAGUACUGCUGGGGUAGCUUCAGUAACAUCGGUCUCUUCCACCACUCCAUUCCCAAGCAUAGCUUCACAGCCAUCUGUUCAGCUUAGCAGCAGCACCUCUGCGCCUACUCUAGCUGAAACAGUGGUGGUUAGUGCACACUCACUAGACAAAACAUCUCAUAGCAGUACAGCUGGAUUGGCUUUGUCCUUCUCUGCAUCCUCUUCCUCUCCUGGAACAGGAGUGUCUAGUUCUGUUUCUCAGUCUGGUGCAGUGCAUCCUUUGGUCAUCCAAUCAGCUAUGACUUCUACACCUGUCCUUCCCCAAGUAGCGGCACCUACUUGUACACCUUUAUUACCCCAAGUACCUAGUAUCCCACCCUUGGUACAACCUGUUGCCAAUGUGCCUGCUGUACAGCAAACUCUCAUUCACAGUCAGCCUCAACCAGCUUUGCUUCCCAACCAGCCCCACACUCACUGUCCAGAAAUAGAUGCUGAUACCCAACCCAAAGCUCCUGGAAUUGAUGACAUAAAGACUCUGGAGGAAAAGUUGCGUUCUCUCUUUAGUGAGCAUAGCUCAUCUGGAGCUCAGCAUGCUUCUGUCUCACUAGACACCUCUCUAGCAGUAGAAACCACUGUCACAGCAGGCAUCCCCACCACUGCUGUUGCACCAAGCAAACUCAUGACUUCUACUACGAGUACUUGCUUACCGCCAACCAAUUUGCCAUUGGGAACAACUGGUUUGUCAGUUAUGCCUGUGGGCACAGUGGGCACACCUGGGCAGGUUCCUACCCCAGGCAGCUAUGUCUCAGCCCCAGCUGGCAGUGUAUCAGGAGUGAAACCUGGAACUACUCCCUCAAAGCCACCUUUAACUAAGACUCCGGUAUUGCCAGUGGGUACUGAACUUCCAGCUGGUACUCUACCCUGUGAGCAGCUGCCACCCUUCCCUGGACCUUCACUAACUCAGUCCCAGCAACCUCUAGAAAAUCUUGAUGCUCAGUUGAGAAGGACACUUAGUCCAGAGAAUAUUACAGUGACAUCUGCAGUUGGGGUAAGUUUUUAACACCUUGAUACAAAAUCUCUUCAUGAC